AUGAAAAACAAUAUUACACCACUCCUGGUGUUCUUCUUUGCUUUCUUUGUCUUUGCCAUUGACUUGCCCAUGUGUGUUGAUGUCAAGACAAUUAAAGUUCAGUUAGACAAAUCACACACGGUUGUCCCAAAACUGCUUUCCAAAGUCUACCCAAAUUUAUCUCUGACUUUUACUUCCUCGGAUGAAAAAGUUGCCACAAUUGACUCCAAAGGUCUUAUUAUACCAAAAGCUGUUGGUAAGACUGAGAUCAGAAUAUUUAUUUCUGGACAUCCUUUAUAUGAAGCAACUAUAGUCGAGAUAUACCAACAAAUUGCAACUGAAAGCUUGAUUCUUCAGAGUGAGACUACUUCCAUCAAAGUUGGACAGAACAUUCAAUUGACUGUAUUCUCCGAGCCGGCCCACAAGAAGUUGAGUACCUCAGAAGUCAUUUGUUCGUUCUCAAAUACUUCGGUUUUGACUAUUUCAAAUGGAGUUAUGACUGGUGUUAAUGAAGGGACAUCAACUUUGACUUGUUCAUACACUGAAAAUGGAAAGGUCAUAACGCAGACCAAAGACUUUAUGGUGUACACAGUUAUCGCCACGGAUGCCAUUGUUAUAGAGUCUGAGUCUGACGGAGUUAAAGUUGGUCAGAUCAUUACUGUAAAAGUAUAUGCCAACCCUGGACAUCGCCCUUUGACAAACGCAGAAGUCACUUAUUCGUCGUCGAAUGAUAACAUCUUCACUGUGUCUAAUGAAGGAAAGGUCAAUGGAAUUUCAGCUGGUUCUGCAAAUGUUAGAGUCAGUUAUACAGAAAACGGAAACACAUUCAGUGCAGAAAAGACGUUCGUUGUUUCAAUAGCGGAAGUUGUGACAGACUCUAUUACUCUUGAAAGCGACUCAACUAGUAUCAAAGUGGGAGAAUCCGCGGUAUUAAGAGUAUACGCAAACCCCAAUAAAAGAAUUCUAAAUUCAAAUCAAGUCUCAUUCAGUUCAAAUCAUCCAGAUAUAUUGAACGUAAAUGGUGAAGGAAAAGUUACUGGAGUUAAAGAUGGGUCUGCAACUAUUAGUGUGAGUUAUACAGAAAACGGAAAGGUAUUCAGAACUACACUUAUAUUCGCUGUAUACACAGAAAUUGUUACAACAAGAAUUGGUAUUGAAGCGACAAUCACUGAUGUUAAGGUGGACGACAUAGUAUACAUCAACGUGUAUGCUUACCCAGCGAGCAGAAAGCUCUUAUCAAGUGAAGUUUCUUGUGUAGCAACAGACGCCUCAGUGAUACAAGUCAAUUCAAAUUUAUCAUUACAAGGAAAGAGUACCGGUACAACAACAGUGAAGUGCACAUACACUGAGAAGGGUGUGACUUUUGAAGACUCGAAAACUUUCAAUGUGUUUGUCGAAACCCUACGACUUGAUUCAGACCAAGACACCAUCCAAGAAGGUCAAUCAACGACUUUAAGAGUCUUUUUGAUGCCAUAUAAAACACAACUUUCAUCGAGUGAAGUUCUGUUGUCUUCUUCCAAUGUAACAGCCUUAAAAACUGGAAACGAUUUAACUGUCACUGGAGUAUUUGCUGGUACAGCAACAGUGACAUGUACACACUUGACUAAGAAUAUAGUUGUUACAAAGGUAUUUACUAUUACUGAAGAUCCGACUAUAAGAAUAACAUUUGAAGCUGAUAACAACACAAUGCAGAUUUAUGAUGAAAUGAAUUUGACGGCUUAUUUAGAACCUGGUCACAAAUUAAUUGGUGAAGACGAUACGAAUCUCUAUUACACGUCUGAAGAUUCAGACAUCCUCAAAGUGUCAGGCAGAAAAUUACUUGCAAGAGGGGAAGGAAGUACUCUUAUUACUGCGGUGUAUAACAAGAAUUAUGGUGAAAUUCAUGUCACUUCGGGUCAGACAUUUAAUGUCUUCCACGGAACUAUUCACGUUAAAAGUGUUACUUUUGCUUUUGAAAACAUCACUGUUGUAAAAGGAAACCCAUUCAGUUUCCAAGUCCAUGUCAAUCCACCAUUGGCUAAUAACAAAAUAGUUACUGUUGAUUCGUCAGUUGAAGGAUUUUAUCCAAAUAAAAACACUGUAAUACAGGCCGAGAAUAUAUAUACGAUUAUUCCCAAGAUUACCGGUAGAACAAUUAUCACUGCAGUGUCUGAUGAAGACUCUACACUCAGAGCUUCUUUCGAAUUAAUUGUUGAAGAGACUUCGACUCGUGGAGGUGGAGUUUUAGCCAAGGGAAUUACUAUAGAGGAUGGAUGGUUUGAUUGUAAUAAGGAGUGGCUAGGAAGAGACAAUGUGACUGUUCUUAAUUAUUCCACUACAUAUAUGAGUAAAGACAGUACUUUGUGUUGGGCUGCAACUACUGCAAAUCUGAUUGAUUGGUUCCAAAAAUCGAUUGGCUGGGACCAUGUUCCUCAAAAUACGCCAUAUGGUCCUUCUAAGUGGCCCAAUGGAACUGAUAAAGCGAAUGAUAACACGGCUUAUUCACAAAGUUUAGCAUAUGAAUACAUCAGACUUUGUACAACUGACGAUGGAUACUUUGUUGGUCAAGCACUGAAUUGGUUCUUUACAGGAGGAGACCACUUGCUAUAUGACACAUAUCAUGAAAGAGGUUUUAGAUAUAUUGAUUAUGUCGGUUUUGAGAAAAAGAAGAAAAUUGCUGCAGACAAUUAUCUCCCAAGAGAUCAGGGAAGAGAGUACUACAUUAACUACAUUAAAAAUACAGUAGUACCACAUUUCAAAAGAGGUACACCAAUGGGUCUUAAUAUCAACUACAUUAAUGGAGGAGGUCAUGCUAUAACCAUGUGGGGAUAUGAACUUGGUGAUUAUGAUAUGGUAGAUGCUGAGGAAUGUUACACUAUGAAUCAAGAAAAUUUGAAGGUAAAACAAGAAGACUUGGACAGUAAGAGAGGAGACUAUAUGAUCACUUAUUUCUAUAUCACAGAUUCAGAUGAUGGAUGUGGAGCUGUUGGUGGAUGCGGUAGAGUUACUAAACCAAGUCCAUUGGUCAGAAUUCCCGUGUUUUACAGAGAUAAUGGUGCUUAUGUGGUUACAGCUACUAAUUGUGCUUCCUAUGCUAAAGUUCUUUCAUUGACCACAUUCAACGUAAACUAUGGAGAAGUACCAGUGAAACGAACUGCGUAA